CUGGCUCCAAGUUGGCGAUCUUACAUGGGGCAAUGCGUGUCGCGUAAGGCGGGCGCCGUCAUCGCAGCAUCCGGCCAUCACGAUUCGCCCUCCUAUAGAAUUAUGGAGAAAUCCGCGAAAAUUCAGAGAGAAACAAGUGUCACUCCGGCCACCGUAAGAUUCGAGAUUCCGGGGACGAAGAAUUAAAGAAGAAGACAAAAUAAAAGGAAAAAAGAAGAAGUACGUCUUCGCACGUGCGAGUCCUAAGUAUAGCACUAAAAUCUAGAAGAGAGAGGGAAGUAAAAGAGAUAGAUAGAUAGAUAGAUAGAGAUAGAGAGAGAGAGAGAGAGAGAGAGAAGGAGAGAGAGAGUACACGGACACACCCGCAAAAUCGAGUGCCCGACGUGUUCUCCACACUGGCAAAGACACUGUGCAGUGGCGUCGCGACGCCGGCGCAGUUUACCGGAUCGAUCCGGCGUCCGUUUCGUCCUAAGUUUUCUCUUUCCGACGUGAGAGAGAAGAGAAUGCUGGAGUGAGAGGGACGGCAAACCAACAGCGGAGACGAUAACGACCAACGCCGACGACGCCGACAACGCCGACGAUACGACGACGACGACGACGACGACGAAGGAACAAGAAGGGAACGUGAAAAUGUACGAUAACAAUAAGAAUCAUACCAAUAACGACGACGACGAGGACGAGAAGCGUCUUCAUCGUGCGACGUGAUGCGUUCGCGAAGACGUAAGGAGAAGAAAGAGAGAGGAUUGAAUUAAGGGUAGUAAAAAAAGGUAGAGAUACAGAUAGAGAUAGUAGAAUUCGUUCAUAGAAAAGGGAUUAAUCGUCUCGUAGAAGUCAACUUUUCUUCUCGACACACUAGCCGGUUAAAAAUAUUUUCCACUACAUUGGCGUGGAAUGACGUGAUUGCUGCUCUAGGAAAAGACGAGUAAGAAAUAGAAAAAGAGAAAGAGAGAGAGAGAGAGAGAGAGAGAGAGAGAAAGCGAGAGAGAUAUACAGAUAACACGUUAUUCGGUGUAUCGAUCGAUCGUAAGACCGAUCUUUGGAAAGUCUUGGAAACAUCGAGUCAUCGAAGAUGGAUUAUCGGUGCGCCACCGGCACGAGAUACGACGACGAUGUCCUGGAGAACGAGAAAGGGUUGUUCGGAGCCACUGCGAAUGACAAUAAGGGUGCAUCGAAACGUGGCGCUCCGUGUACGCGGGGUACUGCAAUGUCGUUCGGCUUUCGUAGAAGACCUACCACCGGAAUCCCGAUACCGAUAACCAACUAUACGACGGACCUAACGCUUUUACACCCACGAUCCAAGUCAGCCGGUCCAGAGCAAACUCGUAGACGCGACGACGAUGUUAAUUACCAGGUCGUUCAAAACUCGUCGUCCGGAAGGUCGACGCCACGAUUGGCACCGCCGAAAAAGGAAGCCACCGGCGUAUCGACCAGAACAAAUCGUUUUGGAUACAGGCAAGCACAGGGCAGAUACACAAAUAAGGUCGGUGACAUUUGCAAUAGUCACACCGUUAGCCACUACAAUCAGGAAAGAUUUCAACAGCAUCAACAACAGCACCACCACCACCAUCACCAACAGCAACAACAACCGCAACAACAACAGCAACAACAACAGCAACAACAGCAACAACAACAACAACAACAGCAACAGCAUCAGCAGCACGACAGUCACGUUCCUAAACAACAGAACAGAGUUGUACAGGUUUAUAACGUAGCUACAGGAUCGAAACUACGACCACCCUCGGCGCACAACAGCGGCAACAAUAAUGCCACCAACAGCGACGUCAAUCGAAGAGUCUCUGGCAUUCCUGAGUCGGUAACAAGGUAUACGUUACACGCAAGCCAUCUACCGCUUCCUCAGUACGCGGUAAGAAUGAACGAUACGAAUUCGAAAACCGCAAAAACCGUCGCAAAUCAAAGUAGAAAAAUAUCAACUGGUUCGAAGAGCUCGGCAAGCUCGAAGGAAGGCUCAGGUACAGAGGAUUCCGGUGUGAGUAGCCAUCAGAGUUGUCCGGGUGAAAGCGAAAGGGCCGAAGGUUACGAUUAUUUGGAUGGCUCUGCGACAGGUAGAAGAGCGUUUGGUCGAGCUAGAAAUUUAAAAAUGGUAGUCAGUGGGAAGAGUUUCGACGUUAGAGACGUUGGGGAUGACGACAGCACCGUCACCGAAAUAUCCGUUAUACCGUUGCCAAAGUGCUUUGCGAGUCCUAAUUUAAAUACCGGCCUGGUACGUGAGAGAGCGACGCAGUAUCAAAGAAUCGUGAAUAAGGACAACAGGUACACCAGUUCCAUAACGUCGAUGUCAACUACCUCCUCCGAGGGAUACGACGAGGGCUUGGGCGAAGAGAAGGUUUACAAAGACAGAUCUCGUACCGAGAAAAUACCUUCCAUUAAGUCGGACUUUAGUUUGCCUAGCUCGGACGAUCCCGAAUAUGGUCACGGAGAAGCCAUGGCGGACGAAUACUCGUUGAGCUCGAGCGACGAGUGUCAACGUUCCAAUUCGAACUCUACGCAGCACAUAAAGACGAUAUCAGACGCGGCUAAGAACGGGAAUUUACCGAAAAGUACUCUUCGUUCCGUGCUUCUUACAAUCGAGGAUCCUGCAUUCGCAGCUGCUGCCGCUACCUCGACCGCGUUAAUAGACGACGAAACAUCGCCGGUUGAUAGCCUUUUCGACAGUCCCACAGCCAGUAUUACACAAUCUGAUGACAAAGUGUCGAAGAAGGAAUGUAUCAUGGAACGAUCUGGGAAUACCAUAGACGAUGACAGUCCUGGUACUCCUACCAACGCCUCCAACUCGCUCAGUUUGUCAGAGGGAAAAGAAUAUUUCGACGAUGAGAUCGCCGAUCAGCCUGGCUUGAUAUUUGACGAUAAUUCGGUCGUCGCGGUGGAGAAUCAAUCCGUGGCAAUUAAUCAAGUGGUCACGGAGAAUAGUCACACGUUGGUCGAAUCAAUCGCUAAAUCAAAUGUACAACCUGGAAAGAAUUCAGGUAUCAGUCCACUUCAUGGAAAACGGAUAAGUCGUGCUGGAAGCGUUGAUACGUUAUCUCCGUGUGAAUCAAUCGCUUCGGACGAUUUGAUGUUAGAUUAUGAACGCAGCGAUGCGAGUUCCACCGAGGAUACACAUAAUCGAUUGGACUCCAAUCCCGCAUUGCACGAAUUAGACGAUGCUACCAUACUUUCUGAAUUGGAGCAACAAGGGGAGGAGGUGAUGAGACAAUGGACUUCGCUACUGGGCACGGCUCAACCUAUGCAACAGCAAACUGCUAAUUCAAAUAGCGUAAACAAUAAUAUCAACAACAGCACCUCGAACAACAACAAUCAUUCCUCUACGGAAUCUGGAAUCACAAAUGGGAGAAAUUCAAGAUUAUUGCGAAGCAGGUCUGGUGCAGAGUCUCCACGUUCGUUGGAUAGCAUUCGUAGUCGUCAGAUACCAAGUCCUCUAAGAACACCAAGAAGUAUUCCAUCUCCCAGUUUCGACUCGAGCGACGACACAACCAUCAGGAUCGACCGUGCUACCUUUCAGUACAUGUUUCAAGACAUUGUCUCUCUUAAGACUAUGCUCUUAAAACUAAAAAGAGUACUUCAGGAGUCAGGAGAGAACAGUUUGACGAGGCCGGAGGCUCUCAACCCAUUCGAUAAUACUGUAAAGAAUGGUCUCUUCUACACCCUGAACGAAGGUGGUACAGCGGAUGUUAGCACGUCUCCAGGCAGCGGAGGAAGCAGUAUCGCCGAUGAGCUGACGGAUUUACGUAGGCAGGUGGUCUUCUUGCAAGGUCAAGUAGAGGAUAGAGAUAGAACUAUACAAAUACUUCAGUUUCAAAUGACAAAACUCAAAGCUUCAAACGGUGCAGACAUGGAAAGUAAUACUCCGUCAGCCAAUUUUAAUAAAUCUUUACUCGUGGAUAUGUGCAAUGCUGCCACACAAACCGAAAAGAUACGACCAGUAUCGGCAGGACCUUCGCUUCUGCAAUCACUUCCCCAAGAUAGCACAAUAGGGCCUCUCGUCAGUUGGAGUGAUUCAUGGAAUUGCCAACGUCCCUCAUCACUAGGAGAGCUUAACCAUUUUAGGAACCUACAUAGAUCAACCGACAAUUCACAACACGUAUUGAGACAGCAGCAAUCACAAAGACAAAUUGUUAAGACAAAUGUGCGAAGAAAUAUCUCAAGGAAAUCCCUUGAGCAAGAAAAUAGUUAAGAAUCCUACGUUUACUAAUUUCGUCGAGUCGAAUGACACAUAUACGUGCGGUAAAAGUAAAAUGAUGCAAAACCCACUUUAUUUACAAUAAGUAGCAUGCUUAUCGAUGAUAUAUGAAAUCUUUUUCUGAAUGAAUCAAUUUCUGAAUUAUAUCGAAACGAAUAGAAUUUGUAAUUAUUUGAUUGUUUCUGUACUAAUUCUUUUUGCUUUUACCUCACGUUCAUACAUACUACUUUAAGUUUGCUAAUGCAAAACAAUGCAAAUGGUAAAAAUCCCAUCUAUUAUCAGUUAAAUAGAUGCGUAAAUAAUACGUACAAUAAAUUGGCGUCCAUUUCAUGAAUCACUGUUCUAUUCGCGUUUAACUCCCACCAUCUUUUUAUUAUAUUUUAAAUCUUGAAAUCCAUUUCUUGAUUGGUGGUAAUGGCUAAUGGUCAUUAGACAAGGUGCAAGUGACGAAUUUUCGAUUAAUUGUAUGUAAUAUAAAUAGCCGUUUUACUACUUUUCAAGAGAUACUGCUUAAUUCUGCUUUAUCUCAUUUGUUCAAACUCAAGUAUCACAUACAUAGCAAUUCAAUGUAAUGCGAUCUCAAACAGUAUGCGUAACGUAAUCAAUAUGGGAUUGUAUUGAUUGAAAAAUAUAUUAUUUAGGAAUUCAUAAUAUUAUUACAAUGGUCUUGUCUCUUAUUAAUUAAAUAGAAUUUGAAGAAAAAUUUAGGAGGUCAUACGUUAUGCAACUGUUUUUUUUUCUUUUUAAUGUACAAUCUUUGAGAAGAAAUAUUGAUUUUAUACGAUUAUUAUACAGUCAGGGUAUUAUGUAAGUUUAAAUUUAUUGUUUUAAUUUAUUUCAUCUCAUUAACAUAAUUCUUGGUGCUAUUUAACUGUAUCGAAUUAUUAAGAGAUUUCUUUAGGUUUUAUGAAAAUCUAAAGUUUUAGAGAGUAAAACAUAAUACAUUAUAUAAGAUUCUUUUGUUAUAAAGAAGAUACAAAUUGAUAUAAUUUAUAACAUCUCAAAUGUAGUGCUACUUUAAUCUAUAAAAUUAUUAUUGAUUUUUAUGUCUUUAAAUAGGUAAACAAAAAUUUGCCCAUUAUACAAUUCUAUAUAAAUAAUUUAUAUAUAAUAUAUCGUAGGGCAAUUUUUACAGAUUUCAUGCUAAAACAGUCAAAUAGAGAAACAAGUUAUUGGUAAUCAAGUAAAAGUUAUUAACAUAUUCGUAAAUGUCUGCAUACAUAUACAUAUAUCUCUUAAAAUAUGUGUGUACAAGGCGAAUUCUACCUAAUAUUUCGAAGUUAUUUUCAUGUAAAUGUAUUACAUCUAGACUUACUAGAAAUUGCAAAAUUUGCUUACUGAAAUAAAAGUAUAUAUAGUUUUA